UUUAAAAAUUUAAAAGGAAAGAAAGAAGGGAGGGAGGAAGGAACUUCUUGCAUGCCUGCCUUGAGGCCAGAUUGGAAAGCGAGCACAGAAACUGCCUUCUAGUUUCCGAAGCGUCUUAGCCCCCACUCAGCCUCGGAAACAUCACAGCUUUGUUUCCCGUAUCCUCACUUUCCACUCGACAGCAACUUUAUUCUUCUCGACUAAUUUAAUGCAGGUGUUGAUCCUUAGAUACAUAUUUUGGAUUUCCUGCUUUCUAGUCUUAAAAUUAGGCCCCAUUUCCUAGAUGACUUUAAUAACUACUGUUUCUCUCCAUUCCUGUGGAUUUUGGACCCUUGUCUUCAGAAGCUGGACCCUUGCCUAAAAACUAAAACUAAAAGGGCCAAUUCAGAUUCUUCCACCGGUUUCAAAGGGAAUUGGAGCAAGAAUAACCACUUACAGAGUAUCUUCUGCAUGAAAGGGCCCUUUAGACACUUUGCAGGGUGGUCUCAUUUAAUCCUAAAAAUAACCCUGCAAGGAGUGCAUUAUUACGCCUGUUUUAAGGUGAGGACACUACAACUCAGAUAUAGUAUCUUGCCCAGCAACAGGUUUGUUCCCCGUAUUCUGUAUCUCUAUGUUCUGGACAGAUUGAGGUCACAGGACUCCCCUUGAAUUCCAGGAUAUUCGUGGUCCCUUUCCCCCGUAAAUAAUAAACACAGGCCGAGAUCCCCAGUGCCUUGUCUCCUCCUGAUCCCGGGGUGUUAAGUGUGCUCAUUUCCCUCUUAUCUGUCCUUCAAACCCCAGCUUAAAUGUCCUCUUAAAGAGAUACUUCACUUACUAUUCUCUGAUCUCGUCAGUCUGAAAUUUUGUUGUGUUUACGUACAAUAGUGUAUCGAGCAAUGGAUUGUUCUCAUUUAUAUUCAUAGGCUCCCUCCCACUAGCUGGAGAUUUGAGGACAGGGCUCAGUGGGUCGUGACUGGUGUGAGUCUCUCUAGAAUCACGGCGCGUGGCUCAGUGCUGCGCUCUGGCAGACAUUCGCGGAUCAAUCAGACUCCCAAACAUACCUUCCCCAUAAACUUCAGAAGAGAUGUUUACGUACACUCUAACUCUGACUUUCUGUUGCUUUUGUCUCUGCGGUGGGAGAAUUCAAGGGAUGUGACCUGACGAUCGAACCCAACAGGGCCGAGCGGCGCCUCUCCGGACUCAGCAUGCUACAACGUAAGGGUCAUUCAUCUAAACAAGAUAACUUAGCAGUCACUGCAGUUGCUUUACAAGAUCACAUUUUACAUGACCUUCAGCUUCGAAAUCUUUCAAUAGCAGAUCCUUCCAAGACAAAGGCACAACAGAGAGACACCAGAUCCAAGUCUCUAAAAAGAAAUACAAAAGCAGUAAUAGAUACUGGGCUUAAAACAACGGUACAAGGCCCUAAAGUAGAAGAUCCAGAAAGAGAAUAUGUUCUUGAUCCAAAACCACCACCCUUAACUUUAGCUCAGAAGUUGGGCCUGUUUGAACCUCCCCCAUUGCCAGUAUCAUCAGAGGAAUGGGAAAAAGUGAAACAAAGAUCCAUCAUGCAAGGGGACUCAACGCAGCCAUGCCCAAUAUGCAAAGAAGAAUUUGAACUUCGCCCCCAGGUGCUGCUUUCAUGUUCCCAUGUGUUUCACAGAGCAUGCCUCCAGGCUUUUGAAAAAUUCGCAAAUAAAAAAACCUGCCCCCUCUGUAGAAAGAACCAGUACCAAACCAGAGUGAUUCACGACGGAGCGCGGCUGUUCAAAGUAAAGUGUGCGACAAGGAUCCAGGCCUCCUGGAGGGGACACGUGGUGAGGAAGUGGUACCGAGACCUGAGGAGAACAGUGCCGCCCACGGACGCCAAGUUGAGGAGAAAAUUCUUUGAAGGAAAGUUCACAGAAAUCAGCCGCCGCAUACUGUGCUCCUACAACACAAACAUAGAAGAGCUGUUUUCGGAAAUCGACCACUGCCUGGCCAUAAACCGAAGUGUUCUUCGGCAGCUGGAGGACAGGUGUGGCCACGAGCUCACAGACGGCGAUCCAGGUAGGCUUGUGCUGCAGGCUCUGCACCGGGAGACCCAUGAGUGUCCCAUCUGUCUCACCCCACUCCCCACCAGCGGCGACUGUCGCCAGGACCCGGUGGAGAUGCUCUGCGGCCAGCCUUCCCGAGAGAUGGUCCUCCUGUCCUGCUCACAUGUGUUUCACCACACGUGUCUCCUUGCCCUGGAGGAGUUCUCCCUGGGAGACAGCUCUCCUUUCCAUGCCUGCCCCCUCUGCCGCUCUUGCUAUCAAAAGAAGAUUCUGGAAUGUUGAAUUCACAGUCAGGGAAAACUAUCAUUCCUGGGGGGGGACGUUUACCUUAAUUUUGGAUAAACCGUAUGGGUUUGGGGUUAAGUGCUGCGGUGUGAUCUGUUCUGCAAUGAAACGUGUUUUUACCAGCUGUGUGUAGGAACCCUAAAUGCAUU